AUGUUGACAAAUAUAGAAAAACUAGCGGCUCAAAUUGCCAGUGAUGAACCAUUGAUCACUCCUAAAAUACUGCCUCAACUGCUAACRAUCUUGCAAAAACUUAAGGAUAAAACAUUGUUCAAUAACUGGGACCAUGUCCAUGAAUCUUUCAAAAUUGACAAAACUCUGAGCAGUGGCCAUUUGUUACCAAUAACAAAUGUAUCCAUUGACAAAUUCGGAAAUAUUUGCGCCACUGGAAGCUACGACCGGACGUGCAAGAUUUGGAACACCCGGACUGGCGAGGAAACGUCGACGCUCGUCGGGCACGAGAACGCGGUGUACAUUGUGUCAUUGGCCAUCGCGGAAAGGGUGCUGACCGGAUCGUUUGACAAAACGGCGCGGAUAUGGUCGCUGGACAACGGGGGCGAAUGCUUAUGCACCAUGCGUGGACAUUCAGCCGAGGUAGUCGCGGUGGCCGUUUAUCAGCCCACGCAGACAAUAGCCACUUCGUCAAUGGACCAAACAACCAAGCUGUUCAGCAGCGUUACAGGUCAGUGUUGCUGCAGAGCCUGUAAAUUGUGCUAA